AUGGACCUCUUCUCCACCGCCUGCGAAAACUUCGGUCUGGUCAUCAACACGCAGAAGACGGUGGUGAUGCAUCAACCGCAACCCAACUCAGCCACAGACCCCAACGAGCCGCGAACAAGUGUGAACGGAACCCAACUGCAAGUGGUGGAGAACUUCCCGUACUUGGGCAGUACCCUCUCCCGCAACACCAAGAUCGAUGACGCAGUCGUCAACAGGAUCUCAAAAGCCAGUCAAGCCUUCGACCGCCUCCAAAGCACAGUUUGGAAUCGUCACGGUCUCCAACUAAGCACGAAGCUGAAGAUGUACAAGGCCGUCAUCCUGCCGACGUUGCUGUAUGGAGCAGAGACCUGGACGGUUUACAUGAAGCAGGCACGCCGACUCAACCACAUCCACGGCCGAUGUUUUUGUUGCAUUCUGAAGCUGAGUUGGCAGGACCGAAUCCCCGACAGCAACGUCCUGGAACGGACGGGAAUCCUCAGCAUCUACGCCAUGCUGAGCCAACUGCAGCAGCAACUGCGAAGGAGCGGCCAUCUCGUGCGGAUAGACGACGAGCGACUACCCAAAACGACUCUUCUACGGAGACGUCGCUGCGGGUUCCCAUUGCUUAGGAAGUAA